CUGACACUUCACUUCAGUAGCGAUACCUAUGCAUGUACUGUAUGUACCUAAAUAAAUUGGCAAUUAAAUCGUAAACAACUGCGGGAGAAGGAAACGCGUAAAACGUGUAAACAAUAAAAAUGCAAAGUGUUUUCAAUACUGUGAAGGGUACAGCCCUCUCGGUUGCAGAAUAUUUGACUCCGGUUCUUAAGGAAUCAAAGUUCCGUGAAACUGGCGUCCUUACCCCAGAAGAAUUUGUUGCUGCCGGUGAUCAUUUAGUUCAUCAUUGUCCUACUUGGCAGUGGGCAGCCGGAGACGAAUCGAAAAGCAAACCGUACAUGCCUAAAGAUAAGCAGUUUUUGAUAACGAGAAAUGUGGCGUGCCACCGACGGUGCAAGCAAAUGGAGUAUGUCGGUGAAGAAACAAUUGUUGAAGGUGGUGCCGACGACGACGAAGGUUGGGUGGAAACACAUCAUUUGGACGGUGGCGGAUCGACAGAACUGGACGAUAAAGUGUGCGAGAUGACCUUAGACAGCAGCAAAGCUGAUGAUAUUAGCAGCGGCAGUCACAAUGUUAUGGAUAGCAACAACGAUGAUGAUGAUGAUGACGAUGAUGACGGAGAGGCAGCUGAUAUGGAAGAAUUUGAAGAAAGUGGAAUGUUGGAGAUGGUAGAUCCGGCCACGGCAAUAAUAACACGUCAAGUUAGCAUACCGGAUAAGAAACAGACUAGUGAAUCCGAUGUAGAUUCGGUGGUCCAUACCCGAACCUAUGAUUUGCACAUAACAUACGACAAAUAUUACCAGACACCGCGAUUGUGGUUUGUGGGCUAUGACGAGUCUCGAAAACCGUUAAACGUCGAAGAAAUGUAUGAGGAUGUUAGUCAAGAUCACGCCAAAAAAACGGUUACAAUGGAAUCUCAGCCGCAUUUGCCCUCUGAUUUUAAUAUGGCAUCGGUUCAUCCUUGCAAGCACGCUGAUAUUAUGAAGAAGAUCAUCCAAACAGUGGAGGAUGGUGGUGGGGAACUAGGCGUUCAUAUGUAUCUGAUAAUCUUUUUGAAAUUUGUCCAAACCGUCAUUCCGACGAUAGAGUACGAUUUUACACAAAAUUUUACAAUGUAAUUCGGUCCGGCGUCUCGAUGUAUCCUUCAGUGCCGCGAUACUCAAUGUUUCAGAAAAAUCUAAUUGGCUUUUUGUGGACAAGUUUUCGAAUAAUUUCCUCUUUUUUUUCGUGCAAAUCUUUAACAAUUCGUCAAUGCUUUUGGACAUUAGAGUCCGGUUAUUUGGAAAUAAAAUUAAGAAAACAAAAAA